AUGUUUGGAGUAGGGGGCUUUGAGUUCCUAAGAACUCUAGCGACGUCUUGUCUAACUAUUUCAGCAUCUUCAGAAGAUCAGCCUGAUUUAACGGAGUUAAAUGCUAGGCUUGUAAGGGCUGAAAAAUUGAUUGACCAAUUUGAAGAAGCUCAACAAAUCAUCGAAAAUUUGGACAGUAAGUGUGAUGAAAAUUAUAGAACUGUUCAUGAGCCAGAACGAUGUAGUUUUGAGAACAUGUUUCAUGCGCUAAUGGCCGAGGUAACACACUUUUUAAACACCAAAGCUCCUGAUAACCCUGUCGACCAUCAAGACAGUGCUAGCACAUCAGGUUCUCGGGCGGGCAACCUUCUACAUUCGGUAAAGCUGCCUAUCCUGAAUUUGCCUUCGUAUGACGGGAGCCUGGAAACCUGGAUGUUUUUCCGUGACAGUUUUUCAUCCAUAAUACAUGAAAACGAUGCUCUAGCAAAUGUCCAAAAAUUCCAUUACCUACAGCUCUCCUUAAAAGGGGAGGCUGCAGAAACAAUCAGCUCGUUGCAAAUAUGUGAUGCAAAUUAUGAAGUAGCAUGGUCGCUUAUUAAAGAACGGUUUGAAAACAAGCAACUUCUAAUAAAUUUUCACAUCAAAUCUUUAUUUAACCUACCGGCAUUACAACACGAGUCACACACUGGACUUAGGCAACUUUUAAACGGGUUACAAAAACAUUUAAAUGCUUUGGAAGUUUUGGAACGUCCCACCAAACAUUGGGAUGAUAUUUUAAUAUACUUAUUGGCCAGCAAAUUCGAUAACGCUACCAAACGCUCCUGGGAAAACAAAAUUAAUGCUAGCGAAAUUCGCACACUCUCUCAGUUGACUGACUUCCUAAAAGAUAAAUGUCGAAUGCUACAAACGUUGGAAACCGAAACCAAACAGUCAAGUAAUAAAUCUAAUAGUAACUUUAAACAAAGGGAAAAAACAAAGACAUUUCUUACUAACGCAACAAAACAAUGCGUUUUUUGUAACAAUGAACAUAACAUUUACCAUUGUGAAUCAUUUUUAAAAUUAACACCUUCUGAACGUUUAAAUAAAGCUAAAGGUUUACGAUUGUGCAUUAAUUGUCUAAACAACAAUCAUUCCACAAAACAAUGUCACUCUUCCGGUUGCAAGAAAUGUGGUAAGGUCCACAACACUCUGUUGCAUUUUCCAAAGCAGCCAAUUAAACAAACUUCUGUACAGGCUGACAUUCCUAUUAACGCACCUCAGGCUAACGAGGCUUCUUCUAGUUAUUCUACUUUAACAUGCCAUUCACCUGUCAAACCACAGAUUUUACUCUCCACUGCCAUGGUUAAAGUGGCUGACAAAAAUGGAAAUUUUCAUGAUUGUAGGGUUUUACUUGACAGCGCCAGUCAAUCUAACUUUAUUAGUCAACGUUUAUACAAUAUUUUACAACUACCGAAAAUGAGAACUAAUAUUUCCAUAUUUGGUAUUGCUCAAAUGAAUAAAAAUGUCAAUUUUUGUGUGUCGGUUGAGAUGAAAUCGACAAUAAAUGAUUUUAACAAGAAACUCACGUGCUUAAUACUGCCUAACAUCACAGGAAGUACACCACAAUUUUCAUUUGACCCUGCUAUUCUAACUAUACCCAAACAUAUUACACUUGCAGACAAAAAUUUCUACCAACCUGCCGAUAUUGAUUUACUUAUUGGUGCGGACACAUUCUGGGAUUUAUUGUGCAUUGGUCAAAUUAAAUUGGGAACCAACUUUGGUCCCAUAUUACAUAAAACAAAGCUGGGUUGGAUUAUUUCUGGUCCUAUCUCCAGCACUAAGUCCUCUAAUGACACACUAAGCUGCUACGUUUCGACUGAAACUGACCUUAACGAAACACUCACAAAGUUCUGGGAGAUAGAAGAAUGUCCGAAAGCUACCUAUCUCUCAGAUGAUGACAAAUUCUGUGAGACUUAUUUCAAGGAGACGACUUUACAACACACUAACGCUAUUAGAGCUUUACACGAGGUAGCUCAUCUGAACGCAGAGGAGCAUCCUAACUUAUCAUUGAUAAUAUUGCACGACUUCUACGUCGACGACCUUCUUACUGGUGGAGAAACCCUUGAGAAUGGCCUAAAGAUAAAGAAUGGAUUAUCGGACCUGCUGAGCCAUUAUGAAUUCAUUUUGAGGAAGUGGAAAUCAAAUGACAAACGCAUUGCUGAUUUUAACGAGGAAUCUUCUAUUCUACAGAUUGGUACUGAACCACAAGAAAAAACUCUCGGCUUAGCUUGGAACUCUGCGAAUGACACUUUGCAGUAUACAAUUGUUCCUUUGGAUUUCACAAAGAAAAUAACUAAGAGUACAAAGAAUGUAAAGGAUCUGACUGUUUUUGGUGACUUUACUGUAAGUAACCAAUUGAAACCCGAUGGUUUCAAGGGGGGACUUAUGUUUACGCACAUUUAUACUGAUAUCUGA